AUGAGGCGCCGUGGGGGCGGGGGGGGGGGGGGGGGUGGAGGUAGGGGGGGGGGGGGGGGGGGGGGUCGGGUGGGACACAAGAGGUGGGGGCGGGGAGACGGAGGGGGGGGGGGCUGCGUGGGGGGGGGGGAGGGGGAACGGAGGGGAUGGGCGGCGGAGGGGGUGGGUGUAGGGGCGGGGGGAUGUUCGGGGGCAGGCAAGGUGGGGUACAGAGUGGGUGGGGGGGGCCGGGCUGCGAGAUGUUCGGGGGGGUGGGCGGGGGCGGGGGGGGGGGAGCUGGAAGGGCGAACGGGGGGGGGGGGGCUCCGGCGGGGCCGCGGGCCGGGGGGGUCGGCAGUAGCGGGUGGGGUGGGGCGUGGUGGUGGCGUGGCGAGGGAAAAGGCGGGGGUUGGGGAGGAGGUGGGUGCACGCGGGGGGGGUGGGGGGGCCGGGGGGGUUGCACGGGAGGCAAGGGUGGGGGGGGGGCAGGUUUGCGAGGGUGGGUACGGGGGGAGGCGGGUGGGGGGGGGAUACGAUGGUUGGCGCUGGUGGUGUUUGGAUGGUGGUGAUGGGAGUGGUUGGGGCGGGGUGUUGUGGUCCCGGAGGUGUCGGUUAGUGGCCAUGGGUGGCUGCCUGUUUGUUGGGCUGAAGUCCGGUCUGUGGUGGCCGUGGCGUGGGCGUUGGGAGGGGUUGGUUGGGGGGCGGUGUGGGGAUCGGCGGUUUACAGGGUGCGGGGGUGAGCGGCCGGGAGUAGGCGCCGCGGACGAGGGCCGCGGGUGGGGAGGUGGCGUGCGGGGACGUGGGGCAGGGCCGUGGAGGGGCGGGGGUGGUGGGGUGGUGUGGGUGGCGGGGGGGUGGUGGGUGGAGUCGGGGGGGCGGCCGUGGUGUGGGGGGUGGGGAGGGUGCGUGGGCUACGGGGGUGGUGGGGGCAGGGUGGAGGGGGGGGGGUCGGGGGGGGUGAGCGUUUCGGCGGGUUCUGCGUGGGGGGCGGGCACUGCAGUGGUGGGGGGGGGGUGGAGGAGCCGGGGGGGGGGUCGGGGGGCGAGCGGGUUGGGGGAGGGCGUGGGGGGUCGUGUGGGGGCAGAUGGCGGCGGAAACGGGGGAGGGUCAGGGGGAGGGGGGAAGGGGGGGCGGAGGCAGGGGGCGGGCCGGGGGGGGGGUCGGGGGGUGAAUAGGAGGGGGGGGGGCAGUGCGUGGGGGGUGGGGGGGGGGGGGGGGGAGGGGGGGGGGGUGAGGGGGGGGGAUGGGGGGGGGGGUGGGCGGUGCGUUGGGUGGGGGGUGGGCGACGGGGGGGGGGGGGGGCUAGGGGUAGGGUUGGGGGGGACGGACACGGGGUGGGGGUGGGGUGCGGUGGGGGGGGAUGGGGCGGUUCGGGAGGGAGUCGGGGGGGGGCAGAUGGGGGAGGUGGGCGCGGGGGGGGGGAGCGGGGUGGAGGGGGUCGAAACCUCAUGA